AUGAUUUUCACGGUCAAUGGAACCGCUCCAAGCUUGGUUGAAAGCGUAGAGCUGGUGACCAUGUAUCAGCAAAAUGCUUCGACCAUCCACCACAUCCUUGUUGCCCUUGAACUCGUCGUGGACUUGGUGGUCUACAUGCUUGUGUACAAAAUAUCCAUCGAGCAAUCGAUGAUGUUGACGUUUUUGCAAGGAAUAUCGCUCAUGUAUGGACUGCACAGCUCCUAUAUGAUGAUCGCCAUCAUCCUGUCGGACGGCACGCGCUACCUCCUACAUUUGAUCUUCUACCGGAUCAAGGUCGACCCUGGAUACAUGACCACAGGCCAGGGUAUCCUCACCACAGCAGAGACCGUUGGAGCAGCAUGCCUCAUGGUCUUGUACCUGCUCAUGUCCAGCAACGUGACCAUUCAGUGGUACGCACACGUCACCUUCCUCGUCUCCUUCACGUACUGCCUCAACAACCUGCUCAUCAUCAUUGCCGGCAUUUCUUCUCCUUCGACGCAGUUUCAUCUGCCCCAGACCGCUUUUUACGUGCUGUACCACGGGCUGGCCGGCUUCGUGUACGUCGUGGGAGCGGCGCUUUUUCACACCUGGCACAAGACGGACGAACUACCCUACAAAUCGGUCACCGGGUACGUUGAAGUCGGCCUGGGGAUAGUUCACUGCUUCCAUACACUCGUCAACUUCAUCAAGUGA